UGUUUUACGACGACGUGCGGCUGCGUGCCUUGGUUGACGGCAACACCGCACUGCUCUUGGAGAGGUCACUCCGGAGACGGCGUUGGUUUGGGGGUGUUGGGGGCAGUGUUACUAUGUGGCGCGUUUGUACGCGACGGGCCCAGACUGCGGCUCCCAGGGCAGGAUUCCGGGCUCUGCGGACCGCCUUAUGGGAGGAACCGGGAGUUCUGUGCGUGGCCCCGCGGGCUGGUCCAGCUCCGGCUCGUUGCAACAGCGCGACCACUGGGUAUUGUAGAGGCCGGGUACUCUGCGGCUGGCGUCCCGGCUUGUGGGCCAUACCACGGAAUCGCUUUCUGCUGCAGCUUUUGGGAGCGCCUGGCCGCCGCUGGUAUAGUCUUCCCCCGCAUCAGAAGGUUCCAUUGCCCUCUCUUUCCCCCACGAUGCAAGCAGGCACCAUUGCCCGUUGGGAGAAAAAGGAAGGAGAAAAAAUCAAUGAAGGUGAACUAAUUGCAGAGGUUGAGACUGAUAAAGCUACUGUUGGAUUCGAGAGCAUGGAGGAAUGUUACAUGGCAAAGAUACUUGUUGCUGAAGGUACCAGAGAUGUUCCAGUUGGAUCAAUCAUCUGUAUCACAGUUGAAAAACCUGAGGAUGUUGAGGCCUUUAAAAAUUAUACAUUGGACUCGGCAGCAUCUACCCCACAAGCAGCCCCAGCACCAACCCCUGCUGCCACUUCUUCGCCACCUACACCUUCUGCUCAGGCUCCUGGUAGCUCAUAUCCCACUCACAUGCAGGUGGUUCUUCCUGCCCUCUCUCCCACCAUGACCAUGGGCACUGUUCAGAGAUGGGAAAAAAAAGUUGGUGAGAAGCUGAGUGAAGGAGACUUACUGGCAGAGAUAGAGACUGACAAGGCCACUAUAGGUUUUGAAGUACAAGAAGAAGGUUACCUGGCAAAAAUCCUGGUCCCAGAAGGAACAAGAGAUGUCCCUCUAGGAACACCACUCUGUAUCAUUGUAGAAAAAGAGGCAGAUAUACCAGCAUUUGCUGACUAUAGGCCAACUGAAGUAACUGAUUUAAAACCACAGGCACCACCACCUACUCCUCCCCCGGUGACCCCUGUUCCUCCAACUCCCCAACCUGUAGCCCCUACACCAUCAGCCACUUGCCCAGCUACUCCUGCUGGACCAAAAGGAAGGUUGUUUGUUAGUCCUCUUGCAAAGAAAUUGGCAGCAGAAAAAGGGAUUGACCUAACACAAGUGAAAGGGACUGGACCAGAGGGCAGAAUCAUCAAGAAGGACAUUGACUCCUUUGUGCCUACUAAAGCUGCUCCUGCUCCAGCAGCUGCUGUGCCUCCCCCGGCUCCAGGAGUGGCACCAGUUCCUACAGGUGUCUUCACAGAUAUCCCCAUCAGCAACAUUCGUCGAGUUAUUGCACAACGGUUAAUGCAAUCUAAGCAAACCAUACCUCAUUAUUACCUUUCUAUUGAUGUCAACAUGGGAGAAGUUUUGUUGGUACGGAAAGAACUUAAUAAGAUGUUACAAGGAAAAAGCAAAAUUUCUGUCAAUGAUUUCCUCAUAAAAGCUUCAGCUUUGGCAUGUUUAAAAGUUCCUGAAGCAAAUUCUUCUUGGCUGGACACAGUUAUAAGACAAAAUCACGUUGUUGAUAUCAGUGUAGCAGUCAGUACUCCUGCAGGACUCAUCACACCUAUUGUAUUUAAUGCACACAUAAAGGGACUGGAAACCAUUGCUAAUGAUGUUGUUUCUUUAGCAACCAAAGCAAGAGAGGGUAAACUACAGCCACAUGAAUUCCAGGGUGGCACUUUUACGAUCUCCAAUUUAGGAAUGUUUGGAAUUAAGAACUUCUCUGCUAUUAUUAACCCACCUCAAGCAUGUAUUUUGGCCAUUGGUGCUUCAGAAGAUAGACUGAUUCCAGCAGAUAAUGAAAAAGGAUUUGAUGUGGCUAGCAUGAUGUCUGUUACACUCAGUUGUGAUCAUCGAGUUGUGGAUGGAGCAGUUGGAGCUCAGUGGCUUGCUGAGUUUAGAAAAUACCUUGAAAAACCCAUCACUAUGUUGUUAUAAUUAACCCAAGCAUUUCUAGUCUCUUCCAGGUCACAUUGGUUCAUUCUUAUCAAGAUAUAAAUAUGUUAUUAAACAGGUGGUUCUUUUUAUGUUAAAGUUAACCAGUUAUUUUUAAGUCUGUCCAGUUAUUUGUUAUGGUCAUUACUGAAUUUUUUAAAUACCAGUUACACCCAAAUAAUUGUGCACAUUUAGUAAACACCAGAUUUUAAGCUGUGUACUCCCUAGUCAAGGGACAUAUGGCAUAGCACUUUGGUGGUUAAGUACUUCCACUGGGAAAUGUAAGGGUAGAAUUGUGGUUCCCUAUUGAGUCGGUAUAUAAAAGUAACCUGGAUAAAAGCUUGAGAUUUUGAACUUUAAUUGCCUCAAAUGUUUUCCUUAUAUUUGAGGAAAGGAGUCAGGAAAAUGUGUUCUCUUGGAGAAAGGGUUUUAACUGAAGCUUGAUUUUAGAAUUUAACCCUAAUUUACAUUUUUCUCUUAUGUGAUCUUGGUUUUAUCAUGGAUGGGAAGAGUAGAGAACUUCAAGGAAAAUAAGUGAAAUUUUUAAGAAGUUAACAUUCUCUUAGACUUUUCAACCAUUAUUUGUUUAUUUUUCUGUGAAUCCCAAAGUGGUUGUUUUCCUUUCUUGAGAUGAGAUACAAAUAUAAACCAGCCACUGUUGUAAAUGAGAAUUUGUAUAUUUAAACAACUUAAAUGUGAUUCUGAGCAGAACUCUAUAAUUACAUCCAAAUAAAAGAGUAUGGUUAGAGAAUUUAAUGGAGAAAUUGUGAGAGUAGAAUUUUUCCUCAAUAUUCAUUACCAGAAUUUACUACUCAAGUAACUUUGGAAAACUGUAUCAAGUAACAGUGGAAUAAAUGUACAUACGUAAAAUAUGGUUUCUAGCAAGAUAUGUGCCAAAGUCCAUACAUUUAUCAACAAGUUCUGUCUGAAAAGAAGAGGGGGAGACAUGAUGCAUUAGUGAAGAGUUUAGAGUACUAAAAAAUAAUGACCAAAACAAAAUGGUCACUUCUUCUUGCAUAAAGUAAAAAUUGCUAAAUGUGUAUUUUAAAAAGUGUCCUGUGUUUUCCCACCACAGUGUUGAUUUGUAAAAUAAAAUAAAAAAGUCCAAAAAUCCUAUUGGAGAGAAAAAAAUUGUUUAGGUAGCAUACUACUUUUUCAGCCUAAAUAUUUUUUUCCAUUUUGCCUUUCUUCUGCUGUUGGAGAAGGGGGUGAUAUUCAAGAUAAUGAAAAUGAAUUGGAACGUUAUCACAAUUCCAAGACUUUCUAUUGAUGUGCUUUAAUAAAUAUAUGAAUUUGUUUGACUAUUUAAAAUUAA